AUGGCAUGUUCCAGCCGCAGCCGCAAGUAGGGAUCAGCUAGGGAGCAAACCUAGGAAGGGCCAAUUUGGGAGACACCAAUCCUCGAUAAGCUCCCUAAGUUCGCAUCCUGCACCUCCUGAAAUUCCUCACCCCUUUUGCUCCCUCCUCUUGCUAUACCCUUAUGACCCCUCUUGAGUCUACCACUCUCACCCCUAGAGCCCCCUCUCCUAUCGACCCCCGAGAUCUUCCGCCCAGCAUGCAAGAAGAGCUCCGCCACGCGUCGCAGACGCACCGUCACCACACCCAAAUGGCGCUCACCCCGCGCUUGCUCUGCACUGUCGCCGCUGUGUGCUUGGGCAGCGUCCAGUUUGGCUAUCAUAUGGCUGAAUUGAACGCGCCAGGCGCCAUUCUCUCCUGCCAAGAGCAUGUCCUUCCUCCCGGAACUCCGUCCUAUUACGACCUGUUCUGGUCCCGGCACGGUUUGGAACAGUGCGUGAUCAUGGACACCGAAACUAUUGGACUAGUCACCUCUGCGUUCCCGCUUGGAGGCCUCCUCGGCUCGAUAUACGCCGGCCAAUUGGCCGAUAAGUUGGGACGUCGUCGCGCGGCGUUGCUCAAUGCGGUGGUAUAUGCCUUGGGCUCGUUUCUCCUGGCCACUGCCAAUUCGGUGGCACAGAUAGCUGUGGGACGAGCACUUUCGGGCGUUGCUGCAGGCUGUGCCGUCGUUGUCACCGCGUUGUUUAUUGCCGAGAUUGCACCCGCGGAACUUCGGGGCUUGCUCGGCUCCAUGAACCAAGUGAGCAUCAAUUUGGGGAUUCUCCUCACCCAGCUGUUGGCGAUUCAACUUGCGAACGACCACGACUGGCGCUACCUCCUCCUUACGGGCUCCCUCCUCGGUAUCGCCAACUUUGUCGCCCUCUGCUUUAUUGACGAGAGCCCGGUGUGGUUGGUUGCGCACGGCCACAAGGACACCGCGCAGACCGCGUUGAGCACGUUACGUGACGCAUCCUUAGAGGAUGUUGUCCCAGAACUCGACGCGCUUGCGCUGGAGUAUCACGCCUCCACGCUCAGCGCCAGAGCCUCCACGCUCGAGUACGUCCUGUCACCAACCUACCGCCCGUCCUUCAGGAUGACUACGGUCAUUAUGGCGGGGCAGCAGUUCUGUGGGAUUAACUCCAUCAUUUUCUACGGGGUCUCCGUCAUGACGCAAAUUUUCCCGCUGUAUGCGAUCCUCAUCAACUGCUUUAUUUCCUUGGCAAAUGCUAUCAUCACGUUUAUCUCCGGCACCUUGCUUGAUAGGCUCGGCCGCAGACCCCUUUUGCUUUUGUCUGUCUCCGCCAUGGGCCUAGCGCUGUUGUUCAUGGCUGUGGGGAUUGUCCAGCAAAUCCCGUCUCUUGUGAUUUUUGCCACCUUCAGUUACGUGUCAAGUUUUGCGAUUGGCUUGGGCCCAAUCCCGUUCUUGAUCAUCUCAGAGGUGACACAGCCGGAGGUGCGCUCUAUCGCGCAGUCCUGGGGUACCAGCACCAACUGGGUCGCCACCUUCUUGGUGGGCUUCCUCUUCCCGAUCUUCAAUAGAUGGUUGGGCGGCUAUGUCUACCUUGUGUUUGCCGGAGUGUGUGCGCUUUUUGGCGCAUUCUUGUAUCUUGAGUUACCAGAGACAAAAGGAAAAGCGGGGUACGACGAGGUUUGGUCGUCCGAGCCACAGUUACGGAUCGAUUGAAUUGGAGAAUCCACGUGGUUUAGGAUCUGUUGAAGUAGCACUAGGAUGUAUUGUUUUUAUUACA